AUGGAGAUCACAAACGGCAAUGCAGAGGCUUUGCUCCCGUGCAUUGCUGCACAGCUUCGCGAGUGCACUUUUUUCGCGAUCGACCUCGAGUUUACCGGCCUGGACAGGGACAGCACGGAGGCCGGCGCGGACACGCCAGAUGCGCUGGUGAGGUCACUCAUGCGUGAACCCAGCGAUUUGUACCCCCAAAAACUGGAGACGAUAAAGCCGUACAGCAUCAUUCAGAUUGGCUUUUCCAUCUUUACGCGCCAUUCUGCGGCUGCGUUCGAAGAAAGGGUGCCAUCCAGUGGUAGAGGUGUUGCUAGUGCCAGCGAUACCCACCCAGCAGCGCACGACCUCCAAUCGGGGGUGAAGGCGUUCGUGCCAAACAUGGCCGUGAAAGACUACUACACCAACUUCCUCGAAGCCGCCGUGCGAGAGCACGAAAAGGCGGUCGACGCAAGCGAUCGCAAGGCCGCCGCGUCAUUCGUGGCAAACGAAAUGGCGAAGGUCGGGGAGCAGCUCGUUGCUGUUUGCGGUGGAGCGGGCGCACGGCCCGGUGUGACCGCCGAUGCCCUCCCUUAUUCCACGGACAGCGCGGUAGAGCUGCUGCGGCGGUAUCACUUUCUCGAGGUACUCUUUCGCUUGGUGGCUCGAGACAGUCGUGGGUUUGAGCAAAUAACUCGUGACGUCUCUUCAACGAAUGCAGGGGCAACAGGGAGCGAAGGCAAUCUGACACACCUUCCUGCCACCGUCACACCUGGCACAGAGAACUACGAAGUGAAGACGUUCACAGCCUACAUGUUUCCUGCCGUGUUAGCCGAAUCGCAAAACGUGAGCUUGAAGGUCGACACGGCCGAGUUCCUGGUGAAGAACAAUAUUGACCUCACGCGGUGGGUGCGAGAGGGGCUGCGCUUCAAGCCCUUGAAGAAUGUGGCCGCCGCACUCGCAGAGGAUGGCGCGAACCGCCUACACAACGUAGAGCAGCUGUAUCAGCCGCACAAGACGCUGCCGCGCUUUGCGGACCGUUUCAAGAACACGCUGGAUUAUUUACUGCCAUUUUCACCUGCUGAGCUACAAUUGGUGAAGUUUGUACUCCAACUCUGUCCGCCGCUGCCGUCCCUUUUUCCCUCGCAGGUCGCCUCGUUCUACAUCCGCGCGGUGCGCCCCCUCCUCGAGUUCGCCCGCGGUGGCACUGACGCAUCGAAACUCCCAAGCCCGAUCUACACGAGCGAAAGCGUCUCCAGAAAUGAAAUGGCGGCCCUCGCUGCUGUUGGCCUCACCAAGAAGUGUCGCAAGUACGUGCGGAUCUCUAGCCUGUGUGAUGGCCGCAGCAGCAGCAGCAGCAGCAGCGGCGGCAAUGGCAACGACGGCGGCGCAUCAUCGUCGUCAUCUUUCGCUGGCGACGGAACGCUAGCGUCGUCCGCGACCGCCCAGGGCUACGGCACCGCACUCUUCGAGACGCUCCUGUACGCGACGGAGGUGCUUCAGAAGCCCAUGGUGCUCUACAACGGAUACUCCGACCUCAUGUUUAUUCUCUUGUCGCUCUACGGCCCGCAAGAAAUGCCGCCCACCCUGGCGGCCUUCAAAUACGUGGUGCACCGGCACUUCCCAGAGCUCUAUGACACCCGCAUUUUGGUCUGCUCAGGCCCGUUGCAGGAACUAGGCAACUUCACGGGGCGACUGCAAAGCGUGUUGGAAGAGAUGGCUAAGGUGACAGCCGUGGCGCCGCACGUCUCUUUCCAGUUUGAUGACGACUUUGUCGGCGGCAGCGACCCCGGACUCAGCUCCGCUGCGCACAACGCCGGCUUCGACGCUAUGCUGACGGGUAAGCUUUUCGCCUACGCCGUGUACGCACUCACGCGGGCGAACACCGACUACAAACUGUACGGAAAUUUUCUGUCCACCUACAACACUCUGCUGUCAAUUAACCUGACUGGAGCGACGGACGGCGUACUACAGGAGGAGCCGACGCCGAUCUUCCUGUUGACCGAGUCGUUUGGCAUGCGCGCGAACUCCAUUCGCGACGCGUUGGCGCGCGAGGGGCUUACGUCUCUGGUCGUGUACCGUGGCAAUUUCUACACGAUCCACCCUGUCGGUCAAUCCUGCUUUCUGCUGAACUACCAGAAGCUUGCAGAGGCGAAGCUCACGCGCGAAGCACACCACAAUGUCACUCUUUUGCCGAUCUGUAUCUAA